AUGCGUCCUGGUCCGAGUCUGACCUCCACGAUCGAGAUGCCCUGCGCGGCUUCUUGUGCGGAUACGAACAAGGUCCACCCCGUCGAGUGGUUCCCUUAUUAUCAGAACUGCGUGCGGUAUUUUCUCGAUGUCGCCCAGCACACGCCGUCCGCACAGUCCCUGGCGGCAUAUCUGAACAUCUCUUUGCCCUGCCAACGAGCCUACGAUCCCGUCUUACGGUACUCCGAGGCCAGCGCCAGCCUCGAGUCUGACUACCGAUCGGCGUCUAGUGUCCGUUCGGGGACGGUGUCCAUAAUCCCGUAUAUUCGCCGGCUGGUCGUCACCGCCAUGGAUACGCCGAAUGUCUUGCAGGGCCUGUUCGGGGACGAUUGGAAGCUCGGGAUUGGCCAUCUGCACUCGCAGGAGCGCAUCAACUAUCUGUUCGCGGCCAAGAGCGGGGGCUGGCUGUCGACGAAGAGCCAGUACGACAUCCUCCCGGACGAGACGGUGCCUUUCCUGCGACCGCUUCGAGAUCCGCAGGAAGAGGAAAUCCGCGCUGCUGAAGCGCGCUGGAGCGAUUGGCUGGCGAUGGAAGAUUGGAUGAUUAGAUUAACCUUUGUCACUGCUUUUGACACUUUGACAGGUGGGCUGCCCGGCUGA